UGGCUACCGGACCGAGGAAUCGCUCGCGCCAUCAUGCUCGUCUUGACUAUCUUGCUCGUCGUGAGCUCGGAAGGACUCCGCGGGGUCCUUCAGGACACCUUUGCAUACCUAGCGUCGUACCCAUCGCUGUUCCUGCUCUUCCUCUUGUUCGGGUUCGGCGUGGCCGUGGCCAGCUCGUACAUCCACUUUCAUCUGGCGAAGCGCGGUAACGCCUCCUCCACCACGCCGUUGACGUGCUACGACUGCGAACAACAACACAAAACGAAAUCCUCCCCCAAAAGCAACAAAAAAGCCAAGCGUCAAGCGGACAAUGUCGGCAUCCUCGCCAUGGAAGUGUACUUCCCCGCCAACUACAUUGAUCAAUCGGACCUCGAACAGUAUGACGGCGUCGGGGCUGGCAAGUACACCAAGGGACUCGGCCAAGACAAGAUGAGCUUUACCGGCGAUCGGGAAGACGUGAAUUCGAUUGCACUCACCGCGGUGAAACAACUGUUGGAAAAGUAUGACAUCCACCCGUCACAAAUCGGGCGGCUCGAAGUUGGGACGGAAACCAUGGUCGAUCUGUGCAAGUCCACGAAGACCGUGCUCAUGGAUCUGUUCCACGAACAUGGCAACUACGACUUGGAAGGUGUGACAAGUGUGAACGCGUGCUACGGCGGCACCGCGGCGCUGUUCAAUUCUGUCGCUUGGGUUGAAAGCAAGGCGUGGGACGGUCGGUAUGCGUUGGUCGUGUGCGGGGACAUCGCCGUGUACGCCAAGGGCCCGGCGCGUCCGACGUCUGGUUGCGGCGCCGUCGCCAUGUUGAUCGGUCCGAACGCCCCUCUGGUCAUGGAGAGCGAACUGCGCACGACGUUUUCCGAGAACAUGUGGGACUUUUACAAGCCCGACCCGCACUCCGAGUACCCGACCGUGGACGGCAAGUUCUCCCAGUCGUGCUACCUCAAGACGCUGGACGACUGCUACCGCCGCUUCUGCUCCAAGAACGAACACGCCGGCGUGACCAAGAACGGCCACUUCUUUGACGUGGCAGCCAACGACUUUGUGCUGUUCCACUCGCCAUACAACAAACUGGCGCAAAAGGGGUUCUCCCGCAUCGUGUUUAACGAUUUCCUGCGCAACCCGACCCUUCCCCAGUACGACAAGCUCAAAAAAUGGCACGGCGCCGCGCUCGAAGACACAUACUAUGACCGCGACCUCGAGGCCGCGUCCCGCGAAGUGUCGCUGGCCCUGUGGAACAAGAUGGUCGAGCCGUCCUGCUUUGCAUCGCGCCACAUUGGCAACUGCUACACCGCGUCCGUGUACAUCAACCUGGCGUGCCUCGUCGACUCUGCCCGCGCGACCCUCCACGGCAAGCGUCUCAUGCUGUUCUCGUACGGAUCGGGGGCAGUUGGGUCCAUCUUUUCGUUUCGGUGCGUCCGUCCGGAAGCCACGGACGUGGCCGUCCCAGCGUUCACGGUGGAGCGCAUGUCAGACUGCUUGAACCUUGCUAGCCGACUCAACUCGCGCCUUAAGCGCACCCCCGAAGAGUUCAACGGCCAUUUGGACCUGCGCCAAGCCAGCCACGGACUCAAGAGCUACACCCCCGUGCAGUCGGUCGACUCGCUCUUCCCCGGCACGUACUACCUCGUCGGCGUCGAUGACAAGCACCGGCGCAAGUACGCCCGCAAGCCGCUCAACGCUCCGCUGACGUACGUGGCGCUCCCGUCUGCGGCCGUGGCGACGGCUACCACAGUGGCGACCCAUCCGAUCACCGCCGUGGCGACGUCCCCCGUUGCCGCGAUCAAACCGGCGCUCGUCGAAGUGUUGGUCACCGGUGUGGCUGCCGGGGCCCCUGGCAUCGUCGGGGCCGACCUUACGUCGCUGUUGGAAGGUGUGAACUGCAUCCAACGGAUUCCGGACGCCGCCAAGCACGCGAUGGUCGCGAAGCGCGUGGUGCAGCUCAAGAAGGACGGCGCCUCGGGGGCGAUCCGACGGCUGCCCGUGACCACCAUCAACCAAACGAUUCAACUCGCGGCGCCAAUGGCUGUGGUGGACUUGGUCAAGGACUUUGGCCUGCCCAAAAGCCUUGUCGAGGGGAUGGACGACGCGUCGGCGUGUGCGGUGGCGGCGGGGCUCCGGGCGCUGCAGCAGGCUGGCCUCGUGGCCGGGACGGUUGAGAACGGCUGGGGCAACUGGCGGCUGCCGGACGCAAUGGCGGCGUCGACGGGCGUGUUGUUUGCCGCGUCGUUCCCGGCGUUGGACGCAUGUGUGAAGGAAGUGUCGCGGUCGUUCACGGAUCCAGCGUACGAAUUUGACCGCAAGCUGCUGUUCCGCCUGCUGGUGCUGGCCAACUCGCAGCUGGCGCAGAUCGUCGGCGCCAAGGGACCGAACGCGCACGUGAACGCCACAUGUGCGGGCACAACGGUGGCGCUGACCAUGGCGCAGGAUUGGAUCCGGUCUGGCAAGUGCCAACGGGUGGUUGUGAUUUCGGGCGACGUGGCCAGCAAUGACACGCUGCUGCCGUGGAUUGGCAGCGGGUUCCGGUCACUGGGGGCCGCGUCCAUCGCCGCCAAUGUCGCCGACGCCGCGCUGCCGUUUGAUACCCGCCGCAACGGCAUGCUGCUCGGCAGCGGCGCCGUCGGGUUGGUCCUGGAAGCCGCCGGCGCGUCGACGAUCCAGCGGUUCCCAUCGGGAACGCCGUCCGUGUCACUGGUCGCGAGCCAGCUGAGCAACUCGGCGUUCCACGGUGCGUCGUUGGACAAGGAGCACAUGGCGCAAGAACUGAACCGGUUCCUCCAAGCCGUGGAGAGUGAGCAUGGCAUCCCCCGCGCGGCGCUCGCGGCCGAAGGCGUGUACUACAGCCACGAGACGUGCACGCAGGCGUCCCCCACGACGUCGUGCUCGUUUACGGAGCUGUACAUGCUGCGCAGUGCGUUCGGCGACGCCGGCCUGGACACGCUGGUGCUGGCCAACACGAAGGCGUUCACGGGGCAUGCCAUGGGCGUGAGCUUUGAGGAAGUGAUCGCCGUCGAAGGCCUCAAGCGCGGGCUGCUGCCGCCCGUGGUCAACUUUGCCUCGCACGACGAGCACCUGAGUCCCCGUCCGCUGCGCUUGAGCCAGGGCGGCGCGUAUCCCCACGUCAAGUACGCGUUGCGGUUUGCGGCCGGGUUUGGCUCCCAGAUUGCCUUUACGCUGUACAUGCGCAAGUAAACCAUACUUACUUUGUGUUGCAAUACAGUAUACAGACAGUUACCUGUCGAAGUAGUUUAGUGAAAUGUCUCUGCGACAGAGUAUGAUCUGAAGUCAGUAGCAUCCAGUCUAAAGGUUGGCUUAACGUUGCUUGGAUUGCAACAGAUCAAUCACCUCUCGUCCAGAACCGCUGAUGAGGUGGCAACUGGCCAAACUUA